AUGAAUGAAACCAAUAAAAUACAAUUCGAUGAGACAUCUAACGAGACAAUUCAUAAGAGACCCAUCACUGAUUUGGUAUCCGAUCAACAGAAUACACUCAUAAGUAGUGAUGAUAGCGGAAAGAUAUGCAUUUCCAGUUACAAGGACUCGCGUUUACAACCAAACUCCAGUUUUGAAGGAUAUAAUGGUUUCUCGUGCAAUUGUUUGGCGCUUUUCAAGAACUAUUUGUGUGCGGGUUAUGGUUCCGGGCAUUUGCGGGUUUUUGAUAUACAAAACAAGCAAAUAAUUAGUGAAGUGUCGGCGCAUGCAAAAUGGGUCACUGCUAUCGAUGUGGCCCCAGAGACUGGUCUCAUUUUGUCCACUUCUGAAGAUAGCUUUGUUAGGAUUUGGAAAUUAUGCGAACAAAACAACUCAUUAAAGUACUAA